CCGCGCAUUUUGAUUUUAGGUUUUCUUCUUGCUGCAUCCAUGCCGGGACUGAGACCUCAGACUCACUCUAAUUCUGUCAAAGGACGCGGUUAUGCCGUCGUUCGCAUUGUUGUUGCAGGAGACCGUCAAACCGGCAAAUCCAGCCUCAUUCAUGCCGCCGGCUAUAAAUUCCCGAACAAAGCCACCCCCGUAUUGCCUCCGUUCUGUGAUGGUGUACCUGUACAAAUCAUCGACACCUCUUCCCGUACUAAGGACAGUGACAGAGUUGAUGGAGAACUACAGCGCGCUGACGUAGUUAUCCUAACUUAUGCAUGUGAUCGGCCUGAGACAUUUGAAAAUAUACGCGCAGUUUGGCUCCCUCGUCUUCGCAAUUUAGAGGUCAAAGUUCCUGUUAUAGUGGCUGGUUGUAAGUUUGAUCUACAAGAUCAAAAUCAGGAGGUGAGCCUAGAAGAGGCAAUGUCACCGUUAAUGCAGCAGUUCUGCGAGAUUGAAGCAUACAUUGAGUGUUCAGUAUUAGGAUGUUUCCAAGUCUUUGAAGUUUUCUUCUUGGCACAAAAGGCGGCUCUUUAUCCCACAAAUCCUUUAUAUGACAAGGAGUCAAAGACUCUAAAACCUCGAUGUAUACGGGCUUUGAAGCGGGUUUUUAUCCUAUGUGACCAUGACAAAGAUGGUGCCCUUAGUGAUGUUGAACUGAAUGAUUUCCAGGUUAAAUGUUUCAAUGCUCCUUUUCAACCACGGGAAAUUUCGGAUGUAAAGACGGUUGCGAAUACAUUUUUGUCUAAAGGUGUGGAUGAACGUGGACUUACUUUGGCAGGAUUUCUAUGUCUUCAUACCCUUUUCGUGGAAAAAGGGCCUCUUGAGACAAUAUGGACCGUGCUAAGAAAGUUUGGAUAUAACAAUGAUAUGAAGCUUGCUGAUGAUUUAAUUCCACCUUUGAAACAUGCACCUGAUCAGAGUGUUGAAUUGACAAAUAAAGCAAUUGAUUUCUUGAAGACAAUCUUUGAUGAAUUUGAUGGUGACUCUGAUAAAGUGCUGCAGCCCUCGGAACUUGAAGAAUUGUUUUCUACAGCUCCUGAAAGUCCCUGGAUUGAAAAUCCAUACAAGGAUGCUUUAGGAAGGAAUGCAUGUGGAGGAAUAUCAGUUGAUUCAUUUUUGUCAGAGUGGGCACUCAUGACACUUCUAAACCCAACCUUUAGUAUGGAGAACUUGGUAUACAUUGGUUAUCCUGGUGAUCCAUCAUCUGCUCUCCGGGUCACUAGAAGGCGACACGAGGAUCGCCAAAAACAACAUUCAGAAAGAAAUGUACUGCAGUGCUUCGUUUUUGGGCCUAUGCAGACUGGAAAAUCUGCAUUAUUGAAUUCUUCCAUUGGAAGACCCUAUAUUGAAGCUGUCAAUUCAACCGACGAGGAUCGUUAUGCUGUACAUGUUAUUGACAUUUCUAGGGAAAACAAAAAAUAUCUUGUGAUGAGAGAGAUUUCUGAAAGUGGAGUCACAAAAUUGCUGGCCAACAAGAAGUCUUUGGCCUCAUGUGACAUUGCAGUUUUUGUUCAUGAUAGGUUUGAUGAGUCUUCAUGGAAAGAAUCAUCUGAACUCUUGUUAAAAGUUGCAGGUCAUGGAGAACGCACUGGCUUUCAAGUGCCAUGUCUUAUAGUUGCAACUAAAGAUGACCAAGAUUCAUUAACAAUGGCUAUUCAAGAGGCAACGGCGGUAUUUUUCAUCAUUUCAUUCAUUUGCAUGAUCAUAUUCAUAAUUGUACUUUGCUUAUUUCUGUACAUAAUUGUUGGAUGA